AUGAGCAAACUGCGCUCCUGCUGUGUGCCUUGCUGUAAGGAUGAAAAGUUUCCCCUUGUACACAAGUUUCCCUCGGACAAUGAACGGGCGGAACAGUGGCGUCGGGUGUUGGGUAUCGACAGCUUCAUCGGCCUACCGAUUGACAUCAUUCGGAAACGGUACUACAUCUGUUCGCGUCAUUUCCGUGACACGGACUACAAAAAUAAAGCGUCCCGCAGUAUUAAUGUAACGGCCGUACCGUCCAUUAAUCUCGUCGCGUUGAACGAUCCGGAAGGACUGAACCGUGAUUUGCCGCCACCGAACCGGGUUGGAAUUGUUCCCGUACAUCCAUUCCUGGAAGUAGCAAAACAGGAGCUAGCGGGGGAGCGACAAUUGCCCGAAGGAGUCCCGAAAAUGGGAGAGAAGAUAUUGGAAAGUCUAAGAAAAUCAUCAACAGUGAGCCAAGAGUUGAACGAUGUAAUCAAAGAGCCUUUCGCGGGAGACCCGUUGAUGUUACCCAAGAACGAAUCCCCGACGUCCAACGUGCCAAAGAUUACCCCCACACCCCGAACACCACCCCCGGCAUUGAAACGAAUCUUCUCUAAACGGUCCAUCUCUAUACAAUCGCCAAACGGCAGCCUGGAGGAACCGAAGCCAAAAAAUUCCCCAACCGAGACGAAUAACGUGCUCAGACGGUCGGCGAUUAUGAAACCACCGAUCAACGUUGUCCCACUGACUGGAUUAUCUAGCACUGAUAAAGGAUCCCUGGUGUUGAAACGGGUCAAGAUGCCAUCGUUAAUGGUGGAGCGUAAAAGUAGUUCCCUUACAAACGCGAUGACGCAAACGGAUGAUAUGUCGACGCCGGUUGAUAAGCCACCGGAGCAGGAUGAUGGAGGAGAGCAGGACGAGAAGGAUGUAAAGAGUCCACCGACCAGCACGAAAGUACUAGCCCUGCUCGAAUGUACACCAGACAAUUUACAACGAUUACAGCGCAAAUUGCAGGACGAGGGUGGUGCACUGUGUCUUGACGAGCGCCUGUUACGAUUAGACGAGGAGGACGCCAUCGAACGUGAUAAAGCAAUGAACUCGGACAGCCCGGACGCAGCAUUGGACAAGAACCAAUUCCUUACCGUACGGAACGUAAAUACGGACGAAUCCGUAUCGGUUAGUUAUGUUUGGUUGCGAGAUCACUGUCAAUGUGAGGAUUGCUACAAUGUGGCCACAUUUCAACGGGCUACCUCCAUUCUCGAUUUACCGCUGGACAUACAGCCUGCGUCGUGUGAAAUUUGCGAUGAAAAGAUCAAUAUCAUCUGGCUAGAUGGACAUCGAUCGUCGUAUGAUCUGAACGUCGUGUUUGACAAUCACGCGAACAGCUUUCAGAAACGACUGGAAGAACAUCGUGCGCAGCUUGUUUUAUGGGAUCGUACGUUGAUCACUGCCAGCUCACCCGGAUACGCACGUGUCACGCUAAACGAUCUGCUCUGUGAAGAUACCGUCGUGCGGCAGGUCGUGAGUAGUCUGAUAAAGUACGGAUUUGCCUUCAUUACCAAAGUCCCACCAAAUCAGCAAAGUACCGAGAUGGCAGUCAAGCGUAUCUUCCCCGUGCAACGGACACUAUUCGGUGACAUGUGGACGUUCAGCGAAAGCAAGAUGGAUCACAGUGACACGGCUUACACGAACGGGUUUCUCGGCCCGCACACGGACAAUACGUACUUUAGUGAUGCGGCCGGUCUGCAGGUAUUACAUUGCAUUCAGUUCAAUGGGCAGGGCGGCGAGACGAUACUGGUCGAUGGGUUUCGUGCGGCGGAAAAGCUUCGUGAGACCGAUUCGGCUGCCUACGAGCGGCUGUGUGAGUAUCCGCUCGAGGCCGAAUACAUCGAAGAGGACAAGCACCAUCGUUAUGUGGCACCGGUCAUACGAAGACAUCCGGCACUAUCCAGUGCAGUCGAACAGAUUCGCUUCAAUCCGUACGAUCGAGCUCCGUUGCGCACACUGGCACCUGAAAGAGUACCACAGUUUUAUGCCGAUUAUCGGCAGCUCGCCGGAGAGUUGAACCGGGAGGAGGCCCAGUGGAAGUUUCAGCUUACACCGGGCACCGUGUUGUUCAUUGACAAUUGGCGUGUGUUACAUGGACGGAUGGCUUACAGCGGCAAGCGUGUAAUGACCGGUUGCUAUGUAGCACGAACCGAAUAUCAGAGUGUUGCACGUACAAUGGCACUGACCGAAUGA